GAGGGAGAGAUGUGACUGUGCGUGUUUGGGACGAGAGAGGAGAGCACCGAGUGAUCACAAUCAAGGCGAAAGUCCGACUGCGGUGUGAGCGCAAUUAAAUCACGUGGGGUGUGGAUUUGUCCGGGGGAAAAAGUAAAAGUGUCGUCGGAGUGACUUCUGGUUGCACUUUGUUUUCCUCCUCUCUUUGCCUUUCCACCAACCGCCCCCCGCCUCCCUCCGCCCUGCAUUCCGCGGAGCAGCUGUGUUUUAAUGCCCCUGCGCACCCGAGGAGGAGAGGAAGGAGAGAAGAGUGAGGAAGAAGAGGCAGAAGAAGAAGGAGAAGAAGUCAGAAGGCCUGGACACCACCCCUCCUCGCCCUUUGGAGGUCUGUCCACUCUCCCCUCCUGGCCCUGCAUGGACGGGGAUGGGGAGAGCCGGAUGCUGUGGCCGCGGGGCUGAGCGCCUCGCCUCCCCGUCUCUGGUGCGCCGCUUCCGGCCACUACUGCUGCUGAUCAUCGCUCUCUGCUGCGGUGCUCACAUAGGUCAGUGCCAAGUGGCCACCCCUCAGUGUCGUAUCCAGAAGUGCACCACCGACUUCGUCUCCCUUACGUCCCACCUGACAUCGGCCGUGGAUGGCUUUCACACCGAAUUUUGCAAAGCUUUACGUGCAUACUCAGCCUGCACCCAAAGGACAGCCAAGUCCUGCCGGGGGAACCUGGUCUUCCACUCGGCUGUGCUGGGCAUCUCAGACCUCAUGAGCCAGAGGAAUUGCUCCAGAGAUGGGCCCACUUCUUCCACGCACCCUGAGGUCCAUCCCGAGCCCUGCAGCUACCACAGUCGCACCCAGCACGCCCACGCACACUCCCACGUGCAUGCUCACACGCACUCCCACGCCCACGGUCAUGGCCACAGCCACUCUCGGCCUGGGUACCUAUUCUGCGGACUGUUCGGGGACCCACACCUGAGGACAUUUAAGGACAGCUUCCAGACUUGUAAGGUGGAGGGGGCGUGGCCUCUCAUCGAUAAUGACUAUCUGUCAGUGCAGGUCACUAAUGUUCCCGUGGUACCCGGCUCCAGUGCCACAGCAACCAAUAAGAUCACCAUCAUCUUCAAGCCCUAUGAGGGUUGCACAGACCAGAGGGUCUACCAGGCCGUCACAGACAAUCUCCCUGCUGCCUUUGAUGAUGGCACCGUGAGCAGUGGAGACCCCAUCCACACUUUUUCUGGUGCGGACGGCGCAGGCGGGAAGGUCCGGGCUCUGUGGAUCUCUGAGCGCACCCCGGGGCACCAUGUGGAGCUGCAUGCUGGCUACAUUGGUGUGACUGUAAUCGUACGCCAGCUGGGCCGCUACCUGACCCUGGCAGUGCGGAUCCCAGAGGAGCUGGCUCAGGCCUACGAUGCCACCCAGGACCUGCAGCUGUGUCUGAAUGGCUGCCCUAGCGGAGAGCGCAUCGACCAAGCAGGGCAUCUUCCCCUGCCCCUCUCCCCACCCGCCCUUGGCCUACAGCUUCAGCAGCUACGACGGCCAAGCUACUCCUCACAGACACAAGCAUACUCCUACGGUACCCCGCAGGUUUUCGGCGUGGAGGGGGCAAAGGAACGCUGCAGGGAGAAGCUGGAGGUCCAGGACAUUUAUUUCCACUCCUGCGUGUUUGACCUCUUGACCACCGGGGAUGCUAAUUUCACAGUGGCAGCGUACAGUGCACAGAAGGACAUGGAGAGUCUCCACCCGCAUCGGGAUAGAUGGAGGAUCUACCCCCGUGGCUCUUCCACCUCCACCUUACACUCUGAUUGUCAACCUAUCACACGGCUCACUCUGCUCCUGCUGUGUGCUCUGAGUGUGGCGUUGAUGUAAUAGUGGGAGUGGGAGUCUUUGUGUGUGCCUGUAUGCGUGUGGGCUUGUGUACUGUAUGUGUGUGCACUAGAAAGAGAGUUUUUAGCUCUGAGCACUGAUACUGAGCGCUGAUUCCUCUCUCUUGCAGAGAGGAAACAGCAGGCUGGACAGUUACUGGGAGCUUGACGAUUUUGUAGAAGAGGUAUCAAGACCUCCCAGUGAGCACAGGAGAUGCUGGUAACACUAACUGCAUCUCACCUGGAAGAAUCAGCUCUCUGGAGGUAAAAAAAAAACAAAACACAGGAGAUGUGUGCAGUGUGUCUUUGGAUAGGACACCUAUGACAGUGACACAAACAUUCCUGUGUGGGUGCAUUGAGUGUGUGGAUAAAAACUCCAGACUGUAAAUAGUUCAUUUUGUCUUCAGUGCACAGUGUAACAGUGUAGAGUUCGGGGGGGUUGUUUGUGCCAUUUGAUGUGAUUUUCCUUUCAUACCUCAGACAGAGGCUGUUUGUUUUAAGAGAAGCACUUUAUUUUUAUUUUAUUAUUAUUUUUUAACAAAUCCACAUCAGUGUUUCUUCCUCCCAUUUACUGUUCUUCACCAAAAUCUCCAGCGGCUCAAGUUUUGGAGAUCAUCUUUAAUUUGGUUUUUGAUCCUUUCAAAGUAAAAGGCAGUUGAUUACAAGGAGCUGCCAUUUUUGUUAAAAUGCAUCAUUCUUCCAGUAGCUGAUUUGACUCAGUGCCUCAUUUUAAGUCAGUCAAUGUGAGUUGUUCUGUUGAAUGUAUUAUGUAUAUUGUCACAGCAAAUGCCAUCAGUACUAUUUUGUUGCUGUAAGAACUUGUUGUUUUUCCUCAGUCCCCAUUUGUGUGAGUGUAGGUACGUCAGUGUUUUUUUUUUUUAAUCCAGUUGGUGACAUGCUUGAAUGUGUUUUUAUUUCACCUGAGAAUCACAUUAGAGGUAUUCCCACCUUUUUGCCAAGAGGCUAUGACAAUACUGCCUCAUGUUUGUUACUCAGCGUAUUCUUUACUGUUUUCAUUUGAGCCAAAGACAGAUGAUGUAUGGUUUUUAUGUACAGAGGAAAACAUAACUCACCACCAAACCAGCACCCUUCUCCUCCUCACAGUCUCCCUCUCCCCAGUUUUUAAACUUGCUACUGUAGACUAUUUUUCUCCUACUUCCAGAAUUGACAAGCUGCUCCUUAAUGCGAUACGUGUAAGGUACUGGAGUGUAAACAGAACACUGCAAAUCACUGAGAAAACUUCACCGCAGAGUCUGCUGGGACUUACAUUUCAGCAUUGUGGGAAAUUAAUGCCAUUUGAUACCUGCUAGAAAAGUCAGUCCCUACAACUAUGAGCUUUUUCAAUAUGUAACAUUCUGUAUAAUUACGCCCUACUUGUUUGGCCAUAUAAGCUUAAUCUCAGUUUUUUGGCAUUGUGAUCUCUUACAUCAUGUGUGAGUGUCAGUUUGGUGAAGAGUGACUGGUCAGUGUUGAAAUACUUAACUUAUUUAUGAACGUAGUGUCCUGUAGAGGAACUUAAGCUCCAUAUUCUUGCUGUUGGAUAAUUUAAAAAAAAUGUCAAGAUGUGAUUGUACUGCCACCUAGUGGUGCUCUGUUGCUAUGUCAGUGUGUUACUCAAGGCGCUCAAAAAAAAAAGUUCAAACAAACUGUG